CGGAAGUUUUUUUUCAUCAUUAUUAUUCACAGUAUAUUUCCAUUUUACUAUUUCAUCUCUUUACAUACUUUCUUCUUCCUUACAAAUAUAUGGAUGCUCUAAAGAAAGAAGACGGGGUGGUGAUCAUGGUAACGGAAGGAGAAGGUGGUGGCGGUAUGGUAGAACUGGGAGGAGGAUUACCAGCGUUACCCCCUAGACCUGUGAUUCCACAACGUCAAAUCAAUGCCACCAUGUCAGUGACCAACCCCUUACGAGUGCCUAACGUUCAUCAACAAGCGGUGGAAACCCAACUUAGUUUACCUUCCGGUAGUGAUUUAGGAGUUGUAGGAAAAAUCGGCGUUUACCAAUUAGCACACACUUCAGGUUCUCAUCCUUCAUCAUCACCAAUACACUAUUUUUGGAUCUAUUCUAUGAUUGCAUUGAUUUUUAUUUUUGUCAUAAAGAAAUAA